GAGAAGGCGACGCGCCGCAGCGGGUGGCAAGAGCGAGCGGGCAAGCGAGGCCUGGCUUGGCAACUGACGCAACCCAAACAGAAAGUGCUAUCAAACUACCUGCUGCCUUGCAAGCUUCACCUCGCAUGGAAGCCCCAAGCCGCGCGAAGCUUCAAUAAGUUUCUCUUGCGAGCUGCUUCCUCUCUCUCUCCACUUGCCGUGCGCCAGCCCACUCAACCGCCAUGUUUAUGCUCCGCAACCUCAGCAAGAUUGUCUUCGGCGACGCGUCCAAAGAGUCACUCGUAGAAAUUCCACAAGGCCAGCUUUAUCUUGUCCGCCCGCGAUCCGUUAAAGGCUACUCCGAGCUUAUCUUCAAGGACGCCGUAGCCUCCAUCCGCCGCACUGGCCAGGAGUUCCAAUACCAGCUCGUUGUACAGCGCGCGUACGAGGAAGGCGAGGAGGACCUGCUUGACGAAGAGGGACAAGAAGACGGCGGAGUAGACGCGCUUGGAGACGACAAGGACGAAAAGACCUUCUUGCUCGACGAGAGCCUACAGUUCCGCACCGACGUUCGCUCGACCGGCGAGAACAUCUUCGCGUGGAGGGACCUUAGCGGCGACGUUGGCGAUCUCUGGGAGUUUGUUUGCGACGCGUCGGUCAAGCCAGAGUCUGCGUUGCUGUUUGAGCGUACCGCGCUCGAGUGCCAGUACGAGCGCAAGUUUCGCCGAAGCCACGAGACGGCAACGGAGGAGGACUUGGAAGCUCUAGCCUACCUCGAAGAACCCAUCCCAGACGCGAGCCCCGUUUCGAGUCCCACGAGCAAAUCUCCUCAGCUUAUCGAAGCGCCUACGACUGCCGACCUGUUUCCCAAUACCACGCAAGAGAACAUGGCGAAGAGGGCUGCAGGAAAAGCCAUUAUUCCGAUCCAGGAAGAGCCAACGACAGCGCCUCCUGCAGCUGCACAGCCGCAAGCUGUAGGAACGCUCGCGAAUUGCGUUGCUGAGCUCCACCUGUUCGACUUCCCCUCCGGCACCUUCAUUCAACAGGAUGCUAAAGUCCGCGCAACCGUCACAGAGCUCGGAAACUGGCAAUACUGGCUACAUAUUGUCGGAGACGAGCGCGAGUGGUUGGGCCAGCCGGUGGUUGAUGACAUAAACCCUGUCUUCAACUUUGAGUUCAAGUCGUUCAUCUUCAAUCACUAUCUGGAAGAUGGCUCGGCCUACUCCUGGCUCCUCCGCUUCAAAGAACAAGAAGACCUUGAACAGUUCCAACACGGCGUCAUGCAAGCCCUCUGGGAGCAUCUGAACGAGACUAAGUGGGGCAAGGUCAAAGACACCGACCGCGACUACGUGAUGGAAGCCUUCAACGACCUCACUAUGGAAGACGCGCCAGAAGAGGAGGAAGAGGAAGAGGAGGAGGAUGAUUUCGAAGACGCCGACGAUGGUCAGCACAGUGAACAUUAUGACGAAGAUGAGUCGGAGGACGACGUCGAGACCGGGCCAAAGGACGGGGCUGCUAACUCUCAACUUGCUGUGGGGUACAAACACGAUAGGUCGUUCGUGGUUCGUGGCAACAAGAUUGGUGUGUUCAAGCACACUCCGGACAACCAGCUCUCGUUUGCUACCACCAUCUCGAACAUCAAGACUCCCAAAGGCAAGAACUUCAAUCCGAACAAGGUUAUGCUGCACCAGCAGGACCAGAACAUGAUCCUGCAGAAUCUAGACAACCCUAAUGCGCUGUACCGCAUGGAUCUAGAGACUGGGACGGUUGUAGACGAGUGGAACGUGCACGAGGAUAUUCCAGUCAAGGUGUUUGCUCCAGAAAGCAAAUUUGCCCAAAUGAGUGGUGAACAGACUUUCCUGGGUCUCUCCGGUAACGCCCUGUACCGCAUUGAUCCUCGUCUGGCAGGACACAAACUCGUCGAUGACCAAUACAAACAAUACACCACAAAGAACGCCUUCUCUGCAGCUGCGACCACUGAAAAGGGACAUAUCGCUGUAGCAUCAGAGAAGGGUGACAUUCGUCUGUACGACCGUCUAGGCAUCAACGCAAAGACGCUCAUCCCUGCUCUCGGCGACCCAAUUAUCGGUAUGGACGUUUCGGCCGACGGUCGCUGGGUGCUUGCCACCACCCGUACAUAUCUCCUUCUUAUUGAUGCUCUCCAAAAGGGUGGCAAGAACGAUGGUAAGCUUGGCUUCGAGAAAGCCUUCGCAAAGGAUGACAAGCCGCAACCCCGUCGUCUUGCUCUGACCCCUGCGCAUGUCGCACAAUUCCAGCACGAGACCAAGGCGCCAAUCUCGUUCACACCUGCACGCUUCAACACAGGUAUUGACUCCGAAGAGACCACUAUCAUCACUGCAACCGGUCCUUUCAUCAUCACAUGGAGCAUGAAGAAGGUACUCGCGAACCGUAGGGAUCCGUAUAACAUCAAGCGAUACUCGGAAGAGGUCAAGGCCGAUAACUUCAAAUUCGGCAGCGAUAAGGGUAUCAUUGUGGCCCUGCCGAACGAGGUCGACAUGGUCACUAAAAGGGCACUUCAGAAGCCUACACGAGAGAGUAUUGCGAUGGCAACGAAGGUGGGGACGCCAAGGAAGCAGAGGGGGAGCUACUUGGGGAGGAAUGAAAUCGUGAACAGCCCGUAUUAGGUUCCACCCUCGCUCUAUGCUAGAUAUACCGAUUUUCUGAGGCGAUUUUGAUGAUGGUGGUUGGGGAGGUGGUCGAUAUGGGCA